AAUUGCCAAGCUGAGCUGUACUCGACUCUGCACGGAUAGAUCUGAUUCUUCAUCACUUCGCAGAAUCACCCAAAAUGAAAGAGAUCGCCGAUGAGACCUUCUUCCGCUACUGCGUCCUAACACUAAUUUUCUCGGGCCCACCUACCGCCGUCGCUCUCAAAUUCCUCCAAGCUCCUUACGGCAAACACAACCGUUCCGGAUGGGGACCCACCUUAUCUCCCCCGCUCGCUUGGUUCCUCAUGGAGAGCCCCACCUUAUGGCUCACGCUCCUCCUCUUCCCCUUUGGCCGCCACUCUCACAAUCCCAAAUCUCUCCUCCUCUUCUCACCUUACCUCCUCCAUUACUUCCACCGCACCGUCAUCUACCCUCUCCGCCUCCUCCGCAGCUCCUCCUCGAGUAAAAACGGCUUCCCGAUCACCAUCGCCGCCAUGGCUUUCACCUUUAAUCUUCUCAACGCCUAUAUCCAGGCGAGGUACGUUUCUCAUUACAAGAACGACUACGACGACGGAGUGUGGUUCUGGUUGCGGUUUGUUAUCGGUACGGUGGUUUUCGUAACCGGUAUGUGGAUUAACAUCACGUCGGACCGGACUCUGGUACGGAUGAAGAAGGAGAACCGGGGAGGUUAUGUGAUACCGAGAGGAGGCUUGUUCGAGUUUGUAAGCUGUCCGAAUUACUUUGGAGAGGUGGUUGAGUGGUUGGGCUGGGCUGUAAUGACUUGGUCUUGGGCCGGAGUUGGGUUUUUCCUAUACACGUGUUCCAACUUGAUCCCGCGCGCACGUGCGAGCCACGUAUGGUACGGUGACAAGUUUAAGGACGAGUACCCAAAGACUCGGAAAGCUGUUAUUCCUUUUGUGUUCUGAAAAUAUUCAGUUACCGGUUUAGUUCUCUUAAUGUUGGUUUAUUGUUCCGGUUUAGUUUUAUUUAUGUUGGUGUACUACAAGAGUGCUAAAAUGUGUAUCAUUUAGACCAAUCUAUUAAUAUAUCAAAGGUUUUAACAUAA